AUGGAACGGUGGAUGGAUACUACCCACACUUUUCAUUUGCUGGUUGGGGAGCUGACAGUGACUCCUCUAGAUUUCUCGCUGAUUACUGGGAUUUCUUUUGGAGGCGCGUCUGUACCUUUUGACGGUGGUUUGGGUUUCUAUCCUCAGAGGGAUGCGUAUAUCUUCGAGAUGCUGGGUUUCAUUCCGGAGAUGAAGGGUCUUAGCAUUCGACACCCUGAGCUGUAUGACCGUUACAAGGAGAGCUUUCCCCUGACUAGCGACGAGGUCGAUCUGAUUGCCCGAUCUUUCAUCUGUUAUCUGUUGGGGUCUACUCUGUUUUGCAGUUCAGGUGCGACUCUGCCACUCUGCGUGUUGCCAGCCUUAGAGGACUUGGACGUGGUUAGUUCGUAUGAUUGGGGAUCUUCUGUCUUGGCCUAUCUUUACACCAGCAUGGACCGAGUGGUCCGUGGGGGAUCCUGUCUUUCUGGGAUAUGGCCUGCUGUACACAUGGGCCUUCUGAUUGGCUUUGGUGUUUUUCCUAGGUUAGGAUACCCUAUGCUGAGAUUUUGGGACUUCUCUCGUACUUUGACGCAGAAUCAGGGAGCUGAGUGCAGAGGCUGGCUGAACGAGCUGGCGUGGACUGAUGUGGAUGCUUCUUGGAACACUCCUCCUGGGGUUCGCUUGUCUAGGUGGGUACAGGGUGCCGUAGCGAGAUCGGGCAUGUGUUAUAUGAUGCAUGGCCCGAGUUGUAGGUCCUGGUUUCUAGGGGAGCGCGUUCUCCAUUGGUGGGGUGGCCCACGUGUCCGUAUGGUCCCGGUUGGACCUCCUUCGUCGAUGCUGCGUGGCAGAGACGUGGUGUCGCCUGCGCUUGGAUUGGAUCUGAGAGGUUACCCUGCUACUGAUCUGAUAUCUGUUCCUCAGCUGAGCUAUUUAGAUGACUUUGCAAGACAUCGUCUUUUGAAGAGGCUCCCGUUGGACGGAGUACCUGUCAUUUAG